GUUUUGUGGUAUCAGUCAUCAGUCUGGUUUGAUCACUAGAGUGCGAAACAUCAGCUGCAACAGUGUUUAUCAUCAGAACAGACAACAGUUCAACAUGUGGAGGAUCACUCUCGCCUUGCUGUUCAUCGCUGUACCUUUACAAGCCAUGAUCGUCUUUGAGAACCCCGCAGCCGCCAACAGCAGCGCUGGUGGGUUUUCGUAUUCAGAUCCGUACCGCGAGCGAGCCAACCAGGCGAUUCGUCGAGCUCUGGCUGACUUCACACUGCGCCUGGAUGACCAAGUCGCCCCAAAGCCAGGUUUCUCCUCGGAGUCCCCCAAUGUUGUAUUCUCGCCGCUGAGUAUUGCCUCGGUUCUCGCCUUGGUGUUACUGGGCGCUCGAGGACAGACACAGGCUGAAGUGGCUAAGCUGUUGGGUGUUACUGCUGGGAUUGAUCUCACUGGGAGGAGUGAAACUGUCCAUGAGGAGUUUGGUCGAUUGUUGGACAAGCUGGAGGAACAACGAGCCAAUCGCAACGGAACUCUGGUGACUAUUGCACGAGGCCUGUUCUUGCAGAAAAACUUUCCAAUCAAUCAAACCUUCGUCAAACAGACAAUGGACAUCUACCACACAGAGGUCCAGCGAGUUGACUUCCAGCAGAACUCCCGAGAGGCACAGACAAUCGUCAACAAGUGGGUAGAGAACCGCACGGAAGGUCACAUCAAGAAUCUGCUUCAGCAAGAACCAGACUCUAUGACCACGACUGUUAUCGCUAGCGCUCUGUACUUCAUCGGCCAAUGGGAGAACCCCUUCUACCCAGGCGCUACCAAACAAAAACCCUUCUACGUCGGCAAGCAAGCGGGCAGCAACCACAACGAAAUCAUCAAUGUGGACCUGAUGGUUAAUGGAGCCGACAUCCCGUACUACGCAGAUCCAGACCGCAAGUGCACCAUCAUCGGCAUGCCUUACAAAGGUGAUGUGAUGACUAUGUAUGUCAUUGUGCCUGACGGAGACGUAAAAACCUUCCUGGACAACACAGGGCACGAUGAUCUGGAACAUCUUGUUAAAAAGACGGAGACACAACCUGUAAUAUUCCUCCUGCCGAAGAUGCGCCUUGAGAGCACAAUCAAUUUGGUUCCUCCUCUAAGGAACAUGGGAAUCAAAACUCUUUUUGACUCUCGUACUUCCAACCUGACCAAUAUCGCAGAGGGUGUGUUUGUCAAUGAAGCCGUUCACAAAGUAGAGAUAGACAUCAAUGAGAGCGGAACUGUCGCUGCUGCUGCAACCGCUUUCACCUUCACUAGAGACGGGUCGAGUCCUGUUGUCAAAGUUGAUAAACCGUUUGUAUUUUUCAUCCGUCACGAUGAGACUGGCAUCAUUUUGUUCUGGGGAAAAGUGAUCAAGCCUAUCCCCCAUUACCCGAUCCCUCACGACUAAUGAGGUUGUACACAGCUGUGUAUAAAUGUAUAACACUGUGAGUUCCUUAUGUGUAGCUAGUAACUUUUGCCUGACUUAUCAGGUUGGAUGUGAUUGUUUAUAGUCAAGUCAUUUGUAUAUUAUUGUAUAUAGUUGUGAUAUCUACUUGUAAAUAUUAUUAUAACUUUGGUUAUCAAACAAAAUAUAUUUUCUUGAGGAAUUUAGAUACAUUUUUUCAAUCGUUAGAAUAAAGGGUUUUUAAAGCAUUGCUCUUAAAAUUUGUCAUCAUUAUUCUUUUCUUUGGAACAUUUUAGUGGAUCUUACUCAGCAAUAUAUAUUUUUAAAUUUGUUAUAUUUUCUUUUCUUAUAUUAUUCCAACCAAACUGUGAUUCUAGUCUUUAGCUUUGUAAUACAUCCAAUAUAAUUAAUUAGUAAACUCAAGUUACUUGUGGUUAUUCUUUUUAGUCGGGCAUUUUACUUAGUAGCGUUUAUACUCUUUGAAUUUGAAAUUGGGGUAUCAUUUUUUAAACUAGGAGUGUUACAUUGUCAAAUGUCAUGUAAUGACAUAGAAACCUACAGCUCAUAGAAACAUUUUUUAAUGUAUAUUAACAUGUAAGUUGUACACCCAGUAUUAAUAAUAAACAUUUCUAAUUGGGUUUGUAA